AUUGAUUCAGGUCUUGUUGUAUCUGAAGUCUCCGUCCUUCAGCGCGGCCACUGUCCGGCUCAAGGUCAGAGCAGAUGGUUCAUCUGGUUUCACCUCGGCACUGAAGCUGAUCCCAGAGCAGCCGAGCGAGCCGAGCGCCGAAAAACAGAUGGAGGAGAGACUUUAAACCUGAGACUGCAGCGAGAGUCAGCAGGACAACAAACACGUUUACACCAAUUCUUCCUCAAGUUUUUCCUCAAAUGUAACCAGAACUGUUUGAAGAACGCAGGAAACCCUCGAGACAUGAGGAGGUUCCAGGUGGUCGUGUCCACCACAGUAAACGUGGACGGUCACGUUCUCGCCGUGUCCGACAACAUGUUCGUCCACAACAACUCCAAACAUGGCCGUCGCGCCCGACGCCUGGACCCGUCUGAAGCAGCCACACCCUGCAUCAAAGCCAUCAGUCCCAGUGAAGGCUGGACGACCGGAGGAGCCACUGUCAUCCUCAUCGGGGACAAUUUCUUUGACGGACUGCAGGUCGUCUUUGGAACCAUGUUGGUUUGGAGUGAGCUGAUCACUCCUCAUGCCAUCAGGGUCCAGACGCCUCCUCGUCACAUCCCCGGGGUCGUAGAGGUCACGCUGUCCUACAAGUCCAAACAGUUCUGCAAAGGAGCACCGGGGCGCUUCGUCUACACCGGUGAGUUACCAUGGCAACAGAGAGAGUGUGUCAGAUGAUCCUGGACGGCUGUGGAUCAGUGGUAGAGCGGGCUGUCUAUCAAAGACAAGGUCGGGGGUUUGAUCCCAGGCUGUCUGUGACAGCAGAUCUGAUGUCAUGUGACUUGUCCACACUCCACACGCAUCCCGUCCUCAGCUCGUCCUUCAGACUCUUUGUCCACUGUGUGUCCACCGCGCGGGCGUCUUAUCUGUCCUCACAUUAUUCCGUCAGAAUAUCCAGAUGUCAUUCAAAGUAGCUCAAAGGUCACAUGUGCUCUGUUUAGUGCGAUAAGAAAAUGUCACGACGUUCAACGUUCUUCAUCACAGGCCGACGCCUUCUUCCUCUUUUGUCGCACACGUCUCCCGGUCCCGCCUCCAGGACUGGGAGGUGUUUCUUCUCCUCACAAUGGACGGUCGUCGUCGGCGACGGCUUUUGCGAUGCUAAUCUGAGAUCACAUUUACAGAUUAUGACACGAGACGAGCAAGUGAAUAAAACUGUUGUCCUGACUUUAAAGAAGCAGACGCUCAAAGAAAUGAGGACAAGUGAACGCAUCACAGCUUUACAUCAUAAUCUACAUAAUCCAGAUGACUGUGAUGUUCCUGUUUACAUCAUAAUUGACAUAAUCCAGAUGACUGUGAUGUUCCUGAUUACAUCAUAAUUGACAUAAUCCAGAUGACUGUGAUGUUCCUUCUUACAUCAUAAUCUACAUAAUCCAGAUGACAGUGAUGUUCCUGCUUACAUAAUAAUCUACCUAAUCCAGAUGACUGUGAUGUCCCUCUCUUCUUGCUUACAUAAUAAUAGACAUAAUCCAGAUGACUGUGAUGUUCCUGCUUACAUCAUAAUAGACAUAAUCCAGAUUAAUGUGAUGUUUCUGUGUGAGGGGGAGGAGUUGCUGUAAAUGGAUUUGUUGAAGUAUUUUUUCAGUCAGUGAUUUUCAGAGAAGUCGUGUUUUCCCAGGAAAGUCAAUAUUGUCAGACUCCACUCAUUAAUUUAAACCCUCCUCCUCCUCCUCCUCCUCCUCCUGAAGCUGCACAAUGGGAUCUGGGAUCAGAGGGAGGAGAAGGAGGAGGAGGAGGAGGGAAAAACUGAGCUGAAGAAGUCAGAUUCAUAGACAGACUCGGGAGAGGAACACAAAAGACAUCAUAAUAACACACUGAGUGUGUGUGUAACACAAAGUCAGUGCAGUUUCAUGC